UUUUCCACUUUUUCUUUCUUUCAACCAGUUCUUUUGCAUCUGAAUCCUUGACCCAUCGACCACACAUACAGCAAGCUAUUAUUCUACUUGACAAAAACUCUACCUCUCAUCCCAAUCACUCACUAUGAGAGCCUGUCUGCGUCCAAUCAGCGCUAUUUCGCGCCCAGCGCUUCAAAGGCCCUCCACCGCCAUGGCAAGUCGAUCAUUCCACAGAUCGACCCCUGCUCGAAACGUUCAGGAGAUCACGCGUCCAGCCAUUGAGACACCAGUCAGCUUGUGGAACUUUACCGAAGAGGAGGAGAUGAUUCGUGACACUGUUCGCCGAUUCGCUCAAGAUGUGAUCGCACCUAGAGCUCGAGAGAUGGAUGAAAACGAGGUGAUGGACAAGGAGGUUGUUAACGGAUUGUUCGAGAAUGGCCUGAUGGGUAUCGAAACAUCACCCGAUCACGACGGAUCUGGAUGUUCCUUCACAUCGGCCAUCAUUGCCGUCGAAGAGCUUGCCAAGGUCGAUGCUUCUGUCGCUGUGCUUUGUGACGUCCACAACACUUUGGUCAACACUGUGCUUAGAUUAUACGGAAGUGAGGACAUCAAGAAGAAGUGGUUGCCCGGUCUCGCUACAAACACUGUUGGAUCUUUCUGUUUGUCAGAGCCCAAUGCUGGAUCAGAUGCUUUCGGUUUGCAAACUACUGCAAAGGAGGACGGAGACCACUACAUCAUCAACGGUAGCAAGGCCUGGAUCUCCAACUCUGGAGAAGCCGACACCUUCCUCGUCUUUGCCAACGUCGACCCCUCAAAGGGAUACAAAGGUAUCACCUGUUUCGUCAUGAGCAAAGAUAUGGGUGUUCAGAUCGCAAAGAAGGAGAAGAAGCUCGGUAUUCGAUCAUCCUCGACUUGCGUUCUCUCAUUCGACGACGUCCGAGUGCCCAAGGAGAACAUUGUCGGCGAAAUCGGCAAGGGUUACAAGAUCGCAAUUGAGAUUCUGAACGAGGGACGAAUCGGAAUUGCUGCGCAGAUGGUCGGAGUCGCACAGGGAGCCUUUGAUCACGCAGUCGCGUACGCCUACCAACGCAAACAAUUUGGCAAAUACAUUGGUGACUUCCAAGCCAUGGGCCACCAAUUCGCCGAUGCCGCCAUCAAGAUUGAAGCUGCCAGACUCUUGUGCUACAACGCUGCCAGACUGAAGGAGGAGGGUAGACCAUUCACCAAGGAAGCAGCCAUGGCCAAAUACUACGCAUCUACCAUCGCUCAGCAAGUUUCAGGAUCUGCCAUCGAAUGGGCUGGAGGCGUUGGGUUUACUCGGGAUUUGCCUCUGGAAAAGUUCUGGAGAGAUAGCAAGAUUGGUGCCAUCUACGAAGGUACCAGCAACAUUCAACUCGAGACAAUUGCCAAACUUAUCCGCAAACAGUAUGUCUCAUAGAUGGCCAUUUUCAGGCAGCUAGCAUUGGUCCGCCGUGUCUUGUAUCUACGUAUGCAUUAUCAACACAUUU